GAGAGAGAGAGAGAGAGAGAGAGAGAGAGAGAGGAGGGAGGGAGAGAGGGGGUGCAAUGGCUACAACCCAAAGAAAGAGAGGCUACUUCUCCUUCUCUUUCUUCUUCUUCUUCAGCUUCUUCUUCUUCUCUUUGGUUAGUACCAUUGAGGGUGCAUUGAAUCAGCAAGCGCUAGAUCGUAUUGUCUCCCUCCCUGGGCAGCCAAUUGUAAAAUUCUCCCAGUUCUCCGGCUACGUUACCGUCAACGAAGAACAUGGUAGAGCUCUCUUCUACUGGUUGACAGAAGCUUCCAUUGAUUCAAGUAGAAAGCCUCUUGUGCUUUGGCUAAAUGGUGGCCCGGGUUGUUCAUCCAUCGCAUAUGGCGCUACGGAGGAAAUCGGACCGUUCCGGGUCAACCGAACCGGUUCUUCUCUUUAUCUCAAUAAGUACUCGUGGAAUAAAGAGGCUAAUAUUUUAUUUCUAGAAUCGCCGGCCGGCGUUGGAUUUUCAUACACAAACACAAGCUCAGAUCUUAAAGAUUCCGGCGAUAAACGGACGGCUCAGGACGCUCUAAAUUUUCUAAUAAGAUGGUUUUCAAGGUUUCCACAAUACAAAUACAGAGCUUUCUACAUUUCUGGGGAGAGUUAUGCAGGGCAUUAUGUCCCUCAAUUAGCAAAGAAAAUCCAUGAUUACAACAAAGCUCAUUCAAAGCCUGCCAUCAAUCUCAAGGGAUUCCUUGUGGGGAAUGCCGUAACGGAUAACCACUAUGAUAGCGUGGGAACGGUCACAUACUGGUGGAGCCAUGCGAUGAUCUCGGACGAAGCCUACCGGUCGAUCAUGGCCCACUGCAACUUCACACACGUGGAUAGCUCUCCACCGUGCGAUCAUGCUCUCAACUAUGCGAUGAACCAUGAAUUCGGCAACAUCGAUCAGUACAGUAUUUAUACACCCACGUGUACGGUGUCAUCUACAAAUAACACUGGAGCACUUAGGCUCAAGAACACGCUCUUGCGCCGACGUACGUAUGGAUUCGAUCCAUGCACGGAGAACUACGCAGAGAAAUACUACAACAGGAUCGACGUACAAAAGGCCAUGCACGCUAAUACCACAGGAAUUCCUUACAAAUGGACGGCUUGCAGCGACGUGCUGAUAAAGAACUGGAAGGAUUCCCAGUUCUCCAUGCUGCCCACUUACAAGGAGCUCAUUGCAGCUGGCCUCAGAAUCUGGGUUUUCAGUGGGGACACGGAUUCAGUGGUUCCAGUUACAGCAACAAGGUUCGCCCUCAACCAUCUAAAUCUCACUACAAAGACGCGUUGGUACCCUUGGUACUCGGGCGGCGAGGUGGGAGGAUGGACCGAGGUUUAUCAAGGGCUGACGUUCGCCACCGUACGAGGGGCGGGCCACGAAGUUCCUCUCUUCCAACCCAAGCGAGCAUUUGGUCUUUUCCGAUCAUUUUUGGCCGGCGAAGAGCUGCCAAUGUCUUAGACGGAGAUAGAUGAAAGAUGAAGGAAUUUCCACACAAGAUGAUGAAUAGAUGGUAUGGAUGGAAGAUAUUGGAUACUUGGAGAAAUCUCCAAGUCAUGAUUCUUAGCAAAAAUAUUGCAAUCCAACGGCUCUUAAUUCCCAUACAAAAUCAUGGGUGAGAGAGUUUUAGCAUAGGAUUAUAAUUCAUUUCAAGUGCAUUUGAUUGUUUUCAUUUCUACAAAACAGAUUACUUUGAUUUUCAAUCACAAGAUUGGAGUGGAAACAAACACAAGCUUCAUUUCCCUAA